GAUGAUCAUCUAAUUUUACAUUAUAAAAUGUAUAUUUAUUAAGAAAAAAGAGAAGACAAUUUACAAAUUGAAAAUGAUUAGACUAAGGUAGUGUUUAGAAUUUGCUGAGAAAUCAUUUGCAAAUAACUCCAAGCAUCUCUAUGAAUAUAGAAUCCAUGAAAAAGGAAACAGUUUUCCUCUAAAGUAGCAGAACACAACUUACAAUCUCAAGUUGAUUUAACUAUACAGACAUCAGCGUAUAAAUUAUAAACGGGUAGAAUGUAUAAUAUUGCAUACAAGGAUUAUUAUUUUAGAAAUUAUGUGUAACGCCUUAAUUCUAGCAAGCCCAGCAAUUCCAAUUACUAACCAACUGUAGUAUAUAUUGUGCAAAGAUUUGCAAGCACAUUGUUCGAAAUAAUAGUGCCCUAAUUAGCGGUUGCAGCUAUGCAGCAUGAGAUAUAACUAUUAAAUAUCUUGA